AUGGCAUCAUUGCCAUCGUUUGCUUCGUCUCCUUUGAAUGCAUACCAUGCAAGGUCAGUUAGCUUUCCAACCGGAUCACAUCACAAUAUACUUCAUGUUGAAGAGGAACUAAAAAACCUCAAAACAUGGGAAACAACUAUGUCAUCUGUUCCUGAUGCAGAAACAUUUUGCAUAGGUAUGACAUACCUAGAAAGAAUGUACACAUGUGUUGACAAUCUUCUAAGUUCCCAACUGACACAACAAGCCCUUUCUCACUACCAACAUAAGAAACUGGUCGACGAGUUGCUGAUUCGAUCAAUGCGACUUUUGGACAUAUGUGGUUCCAUUAAGGAUGUUGUGUCGCAAGUUAAAGGACAUGUGCGUGAUAUUAAAUCGGCCCAGAGGAGGAAGAAGGAAGAUUUAAGCAUCGACGCUUCGUUCUUAAGGAAGCUGGAAAAAAAUGCCAAGAAAGCGGUUACUGAGUUAAAACAAAUCAAUCAGAUUUACUGCUCAAAAUUGUUGAAUGUUGAUAGCCACAUCUCUUCAGUGAUCACAAUAGUAAGAGAAGUAAGUGAAGUCAGCAUUUUCAUGUUCAGAUUGCUCUUGGUUUUCAUGUCUGUGUUCAUUUCUAAGCUGAAAUCAUCAAGUAAGUGGCCCAUUGUCUCCAAAUUGAUUCCAAAAGGAACAUCAGCAAACAAGUAUCACCAUCAAAUCUGUGUGGAGGCUUUAGAUUUGCAUGUUGAAGCCAUUGAGAAUGGGCUGUCUUCAGUGUUUAGGAGGCUGAUCAGCACAAGGGCAUCCCUCCUAAAUAUUCAAUCAAACUAA